AUGGAGAAUGCAUUGGUGGGUAAGUUUUGUAAGCCAUGCUUUCAUUUGAGUUCAGGAAGAGCAGCAAUGGUGCUGCAGAAAAGGAAGGGAAUUGGCACCAACCACAAGUUCUACUGUUCUUCCAAAUUCAAGGUGGGUACUAGUGUUGAAAAACAAGAGAGUAGCUAUGCUGGUUUAGUUUCUGAUCAAGAAAUUGUUUGGCCUUCUCCUGAUGAUGAAAUCCCAUUUUGGAAGAGGGAUUUCCCUUCAUGGAAUGUGAGUCCAGAAGUGCCAAAUGAAAGUACUGUGAAGGAUUCUGAUCUGAUGCACAUAAUUCAUGUUACAGCUGAGAUGGCGCCAAUAGCUAAAGUUGGUGGACUUGGUGAUGUUGUUACUGGACUUGCUCGAGCAAGUCUGUCUCGGGGCCAUACUGUGGAUAUAAUGCUCCCCUUCUAUAAGUGCAUCUCGAAGCAGCAAAUCAAUGAGUUGGAAUUGAUUAACACUUAUGAUUCUUAUCAUGAUGGGAAUUGGAUUCCUACCAGUGCGUAUCGUGGAGCUGUUUCAGGCAUUUCAGUUAUAUUUAUUGAGCCAUCGAAUGAGUUCUUCAAGGGGGAACAUGUAUAUGGAGGUUCAUACAAUGAGCUAGAGGCUUAUUUGUUUUUUAGCCGUGCUUGCCUUGAAUGGAUGCAGGUAACAGGAACUCAGCCUGAAAUUAUCCAUGUCCAUGAAUGGCAAAUAGGUGCUUUGCCCCUGCUUUACUGGGAUAUGUACCGAUAUCUUUCACUGACGAAACCACGGAUUGUAUUAACUAUACAUAACAUGGAGCAUUAUGGAGAGUGCCGCCAAGAGCAACUCAGCAAGUGUGGUCUUGAUGGUUCUAUGUAUGCAACGACAGAGAAGGCAGUUGAUGAUCGAACUAUUGGCCAUAAUCCUGAGAGACUGUGCUUAUUGAAAGGUGGAAUAGUAUACAGCAACGCAGUAGUGUAUUAUGGUGUUUUAAACGGGAUUGACACUGCAAUGUGGAACCCUGCUACCGAUGUUUUCUUGCCUGCUAAAUUUGAUGCUCAAAAAAUUGAGGGCAAGAAGUUAUGUAAAUACUACAUACAAAAGGGGCUAGGUUUGGCUACUGAAAGCAUUACCAGCAGUAAUCAUGUGCCAGAUGCAACAGUUAAGGUUCCCUUGGUAGUCUGUAUUACUAGACUAGUUCCUCAAAAGGGUCUCCAUUUGAUUACUCAUGCACUCAAGCGAGUUGAAGAACUGGGUGGGCAGAUGAUUGUCCUUGGAAAAGCAUCAGAUGGUCGAGUUGAAGGGGAAUUCAAACGUCUUGCAGAUUUGCAUAACCGAGGUCCUAGCAUCCGUAUCCUUUUGAUGUAUAGUGAGGAGCUGUCCCACAUGCUUUAUGCUGCGGCGGACAUGGUGUUAGUUCCUUCCAUGUAUGAGCCAUGUGGACUUUCCCAGAUGAUUGGGAUGCGUUAUGGAUCGAUUCUUAAGGUUCCAGUUGUUAGAAAGACUGGUGGCCUUGCGGACACUGUCUUCGACAUGGAUGACCAGUCAAACCGUGAGAUGGCUAAUGGGUUUGUUUUUGAAGGAAUUGAUGAAGGAUCCUUAAACUGGGCUCUAGACCGCGCAUUUGCUUACUACAAAGACAAACCAGACGAGUGGAAUGGCAUUGUGAAGAAGAUUAUGAAAAUUGACAAUAGCUGGAACAACACAGCUGGGAAAUACAUUGAAAUUUACAACUCAGUUAGAGUGAGAUCUUGA